AUGGAAAAGUCUCGUUGUUUCUUUGUCAAAACGGCGAAUAUGGCUUUUAAAUAUUUUCUUCUUUUAGCGUUUUUCUUCAUUUCAGCUCAUGGAACAUCUGAACAAUUUGCGUGUAAUGCACAAGAUGUGAUCUUCAUCUUUGACACGAAAACCUCGCCUCGAUCACUCGACGAUUGGAGAGCUUUAGCUGGCGACUUCUUGGACAAGUUCAACAUGCGCGCUGAUGGGACGUCGAUUUAUGCUCGCUUUGCCGCUAUUCAAUUCGGAUGGGAUACGGCUCACCCAUCAACCAGCUGGUACACCUCACCAUUUCCUUCACAGGAUAAUGCUUCGAUCGUUUUCCGUUUCGACGACUACUAUGCGCGUAGCGACGUAAAACGAGUGAUUGAUGCCAAUGUGGAUGAAAAUUUGGCUCCGAACACCGCUAUUGGAGGAGCUCUCGUCGACGCGACAAACAUCUUCACGAAUCAACUCCAGAACAAUCGAACCCCCGUGAUCAUUCUUUUCACCAAUGGGCUUGCCGGGGAAACCGAUCAAAGUGAGGCGCUUUCGCAAGCCUCGAUUUUGAGGGGUUUACUUCAAGUCGACAUUUGGGUUGUACUUGCUCAGGAUGUAACGUCUUCGCCCGACUACUUUGGCCUUCAACUCACCGGGAACAAAACUAAUCAACUCUUUAACUCGACGAGUGACGCCUAUAGCACUGAUGGUAUCUUUUCGGCGUUCGGCAAAAAGUACCCGUGUGCGACCCCAACUUCUCCACCGGUGACCGAGGUGUGCCCUUGCACGAUCAACAAAUCGUGGAACGAUGUGAUGAUUUUGGCGGACGGAAGCGAUAAUAUGGGGAACGAUCGUUUCACACAGAUGUGGGGUUUCAUUGUAUCAGCGCUGGGCGAAGCGACUAUCGGACAGCAGAUCGCCUAUCAAACGAGAGUCGGUGUGGUGGUGUACGGGAAUAAUGGUCACGCAAAUUUCCUUCAAAGCUACUGGAAGAAAGAAAAGGAACCGGUGAGAAACAUGCUGAAAACGAUCAAAAAGGAGUGCCGAAAAUUGGACAAAAUCGAGUUCAACAUUUUCUACGUUUCGGUUGGCGUCAAAGAAAAGAACGCAUCGAGUGAAACAAACGGCGAAUUCGGCAAUCUGGAGAUCCCGCUGCUCCAGCUGAGUAAGUCAAAGAAAGUUUUGGAUUUGAGCGACCCGGGAACGAUUUACCCGUCAUUUGAACAUUACCUCAAAAACAACAAGCUGGAGCGGAGCGUUAUCGUUUAUCCCGAAGAAGCCACAUAUGCUCAACAACAGGUGCAAUUGAAGGUGUGCGAGUCGCCGAGUUGCACUCUCACAAGCGAUAUCGCAAACGUCGUCAACCAGGUGUUUAACAUUGUCUCGGUGGCGGCCAUGUUAUGGACACCGGGCUGCUUGCUGGCUGGCCGAGCACUCGCCACGAUGAGCGCUCGCAUUUUCACACAGGGAUCCUUUUGGGCGGUGGCCCUGCUGAGAGCAUCGGUAGCGGUGAAUUCGGCUACGAAAUACGCCCGUGCAAUCACGACCAUCACCUCUCUGUUCGGAGGCGCUUUUGCUGGAAUAAACUCCAACAGCAUC